AAAAACCGAGCCACGCCACCAGCAGACAGGGGUUCCCCUUCCCGACAGCGCGCACAGAGCUCGGAGGCUGGCAGAGGCGUUUUUUACGCGUUAAAGCUCGGUCGAGGAAGUGCUGCAGAAGAUCGACUGGAUAUAUAAACCCAAACCUGGCAGCGUUUGAAGUUUGUGAAAGUGAAAUGACCAGAUUUGGAGGUUAAAGAGAGGUGCGUUUACGCCUCACGUCGUGCGCUCUCACGACGAAUUUAGCUCUCCAAUGCCCAAAGAGUGCAGGAGAAAGACCUCCAAGGACUUUGGGCUCUCUGGAAUAAAUGACGGGUCUCGUCUAGAGCGAAAAGCAGCCGGGAAGUCUUCCCAGAUUUGCGAUGAGCUCAUUCAGAAGGCUGCUCAACUCGCGCCACCUGUGAUGGAUGCACCCCGGGUACCGCAGGUCACCAUCACCCCGGAGGGAGGCGGCUCAUCCCGGGAGAUGCAGCAGGAGGACUGGGAUGAUGCGGUGGACGGUACCCUGCGCAGGAAACUGUCCAACUCGUCCAUCUCCUCCACUGGGUCCUCUGCUGUGGAGUCCGAGGAUGAUUUACUCAGCGACAAUGAGAGCAAAAGCAAAGGCAUCGUCACUUUGGAGCAUCUGGUGGACACUGGAGAAAGCAAACCGUGGUGGAAGCUAAAGACAAUCGUCCACUGGCCAUUCAGUGCCACCCAAAGAAGAAGACUGAACUGGGUUCAGUUGGCCGGACAUAAAGGAAACUUUAAAGCAGCAGAUGAGGGCACCAUUCUGAAAAAGUUCUCAGAGAACGAGGUGCAGUGUUUUGAGAAGCUGCAGGAUGAUGCACUGCGCCCAUUUGUGCCUGGAUACCACGGUGUUGUGGAAAAAGAUGGAGAGUCUUUCCUCCAUAUGACUGACCUGCUGACAAACUUUGACCUUCCUAAUGUUAUGGACUGCAAGAUGGGAGUGAGGACGUACUUGGAAGAAGAGCUUGUUCGGGCGAGGGAACGGCCCAAGCAGAGGGAGGACCUGUACAAGAAAAUGGUGGAGGUAGACAGUGAAGGGCCCACUCCACAGGAACAUGCCCAGAGAGGAGUCACCAAACCCAGAUACAUGCAGUGGAGGGAGACCAUGAGCUCCACCAACACCCUGGGCUUCAGGAUAGAAGGGAUCAAGAAGGAUGACGGUACAUGUCGAACUGACUUCAAGAAGACCAGAUCAAAGCAGGAUGUCAUCCAGGUGUUCAAGGACUUUGUCCAAGGGAACGUCAACAUCAUAAAGUCUUAUUUGAGCAGACUGACAGAGAUCCGGCAAGCCCUGAAGACCUCGGAGUUCUUCAAGCGACACGAGGUCAUUGGCAGCUCUCUCCUCUUCAUCCAUGACCACAAAGGCAGUGCACAAGUGUGGAUUAUUGACUUUGGCAAGACCACAGUGCUACCAGAGGGCCAGACGUUAAACCACGACAUUCCCUGGCAGGAGGGCAACAGGGAGGACGGUUACCUGUGGGGGCUGGAAAACCUCAUCCACACCUUGGAGUCUGUAAGCAGUGAAGUCACCAGCAAAGAAACCUGUUGCUCAGUUACCAAAGAAAACAGCCAACCUACAGAAACUUACGGCCAGUGACCUUUAACGGACACCACAGGGAGAACUUUAGGGUGGUUUCAUAAACACUGAAUUGCUUUGGGUGAUCUAUAAGCACAGAAAUGCUACACCAAAGAUCAUUUUGUGUAGCCCACGAGAAGCAUCGGCACACCCAGUCUGUGGCUUUAACCAUUUAAGUGACCCUAUUUAGUACUGACACUGACACAAAAGACAUGAACAGCAGUGAGAGGCAGAGCAUUUGUCACUAGUUUCUGAAUGAUUGAGCAAACACACUGACACUAAUUCAACUUCCUACAAACUGAACAGAAGUGAAAGUGUAGGGAUUCUGCAUUUAAGUUUCAGAGAUAGGAUGUUACAUGUGAAAGAAGUGCUCAUAAAAUCCUUUUUAAAUCAAGGUGAGAAUGAGCAAACAACUUUCCACCUCAGGUCUCACUUUACAUCGUCAACUGUAACCAUCAGCCUCGAUUGUAACAUGAAAUUCUGUUCAGUAGGAAACUCUGACCAAGACUUCACAGUCACAUUACUACAUUAUAAACACAUCUCCAGUAUAGCACUGUAUACUGAUCAGACUGUAUAAUGUGCCUCACGUUUCGGUCAAACUAGCUUUUAUUGUAUUGCAGCUUAUUUGCUUUUUAUUAAUUGAUUUUAUUCUUUUAAUCAAACGUGUCAUUUUAGAUUUUUCUUGUGCUGUUGCAAGCCUUGAUGUUGCACUCUUUGUUAUCGCAGAUUUUUCGGUGUGGGUCAUUUUAAGAGUUUAUAAUGCAAUGAGUGUUGUGCAAAUGAAAUGAAUGAACACAUCUGUGAAAUUAAAAUGAGGAAGCACUGUU